CGAUUGAAAUUGUAGCACAAAAAAUUAUAUCAGCAGCAGCAGAAGUCAGAGUCAGAAAACUCGCGGAAUAAAAAUUAUUGAGUGUUUUAAACGCAACGCAAUAAUAAAUUUAUUGUUAAAAAAUUUACCAGAUAAUUCGCAUUUUAUUUUGCACCAUAAAUUGUGUGUGUUACCAAUCUAUUGGCAAUCGCAGCCUGUUACCAGAGCGCUUGCAACUCUUCACGUGGCAGAGAGUGUCUUUUAGCACUAGUGAGCGACACUGUUUUGGUGGAGCACUAAGUGUGGAGCAUAAUCAAGUUUUUUCCUCUUUAAUACAAAACCAGACUGCAUAUCGCAACUUAUCGUCUCGGCUUAUUGUUGUAUCAAGCAUCUAAGCAACAACAAAGCAGCAUUUUCAGCACUAAUUCGCAAAAUUCUUUUUUGAAUUUUUAUUUUAUUUUGGUUGGUUUGCUUUUCGUUUGCGAUCAAUCACUAAUUUUGAACUUCAACAAAAAAAAAAACUGCUACUUAUCAACUUAAUGGUGAAAAUUUGAAGCCGUGAAGAAAAUACUAUUAAACGCAUUUUAUAAUCGUGUAAAACCACAAAAGGUAGUGUAAAAACCAGCACAAAAAGCCAGUUGUAAGCUCAGUGUAAAGUUUGCAUUGGAAAAUAAUUUUUGGACGAUACUCUUUGAUUUUCGUGUGAAUUGUUUUGCGCACCCCAAGGAGGGGAGUUACUUGUUUUAUAUGACUUUUGAAAGAUUAAUUGAAACACCAGUAUUCAAAGGAGCACCACCAACUCCACAUCAACGGAGCAAGUUGGUUAGUUCGUGCAUGAAUUCACAUAGGCGAUACUUAAGUCAUAGGACUUCAAAAUUUUCCAGUAACAGACAUCGGAAGCUGCAACCUUUUAGAGAAACGUGAGCCAAUCGCACACCAUUAGGCACCACGUUUUCAAUUUUUUCAAAUAUUUAUAAACCAUAAUCGUAAUACAGAUAUCUAACAGCAACAAACAUAUAGCACUGAAACUGAUAAAUGUAAAAAAAAAAAUAUAAAAAAAUCUUUCAUAAGAUAUACAAAAAAAAAUCUGAAAAUAUAUUUAACAAAAAACCCAAAAAUUCAAUUCCUACCAUAAAGUGGGGUGAAAAUUGCAUAAAAGUUUCAAAAACUGGAGAACAGUAAAGCAGACCAGCAACCAUAAAAAAAAUAAUAAUUCCAGCAAUCAAUCUGUAAAGUAAAAAAGCCUAGCAAUUUGUUAUUGCGAAUAGUUUCGAUCCAAAAUCGGAGCAAAACCCAAAAAUUAAACAACAAAAAUACAAACAACCGUCAAAUAACAACAACAAAUAGUGGAAGCAAAGCAGCCGCAGCGGAGGACAUUCUAAAAACCACCACAGCAGCAGCAACAGCAUCGAGCAGGAGUAACGCUACUGUCAUCAUAAUUAACAGCAAAAACAAAGCGCCAAUUAAGGUCAAAACAAAAACGAACUUCAUGAAUUUAUCAAUAAAGAAGUACAAUAAAUCAAAAAAUAAAAAUUUAAGUCUCCUAACGUCUUCGGCAUCGUCUUGGAGGGCGUUUCGGAGCUACGACGUUGAAGAAGCGACAGAUUUCUACAACGAACAGCAAGCGUACAACGCCAACGCCACCACAGUCGCUACCAUAAUUGCAGCCGCAGGAUCUGGUUUAGCUGCCAUAGGAUUAGCAGCUAAUUCACUGAUGUUGAGUGCCAACAAUUGGUCACCUUGUUGAGGUCGAACUCUGAAUGUAAAAGCAAUAAGCGGCAAGUAAGCCAGUAAGCAAGCAACAUUGGCUCCAAGCAGCAGAAGACGAAGUGCCGCUGAGUGUUGUCGAUUAUAUCGCAAGGCAGAUAUCAAAAGCAACAUUUCCCAGCUAAAUCUGUAGCGUUGAAUCACCCAUUCUCAUUUUUUAUAUGAAAGCCUGAACAACAGCAGCAAUUAAAACAAAAGUCAUAUAAGAGAGCAAAGUGUAAGGACCGCAAUUUGAAAAAAUUUAAUUUAAUUUUAAUAAAAAUAAAAUAUAAAGCACCCAACCAAAAGCGAAAGCUAAGCGUUUUCGCCGAAUUUCCAGUUAAAAAAUAAUUGCCAAAAUUACGCACAACACACAGCGCGAUUUAUUAUUGCAAACUAUAUACAUUUACAAUUCUUCUAUACGCAAAAAACGCAAAGCAUACGCCACCAAUAAUCUCUUAUAAAUCCUAAAAAAAAAAAUAAUCAAAAUAAUAAAAUCAGCACUAAGCAGCUCAUUUGGAGACACUGUAAGGAAGCGCAUAACGAAAAGAAUCAGCAAAAAUGGGUUCCGUCAAUGUGAAUCGGAGUGUCACCGACAUUUUCUACCGUUACAAAAUGCCACGGUUGCAGGCUAAGGUCGAGGGCAAAGGCAAUGGCAUUAAGACCGUAAUUGUCAAUAUGGCCGAAGUGGCACGCGCCAUCGGACGCCCCGCCACCUAUCCGACCAAGUACUUCGGCUGCGAGUUGGGCGCUCAAACCCAGUUCGACUAUAAGAACGAGCGUUUCAUUGUCAAUGGUUCGCAUGAUGCCAGCAAGUUGCAGGAUCUACUCGACGGCUUCAUACGCAAAUACGUCUUGUGUCCGGAAUGCGAUAAUCCUGAGACUGAUUUGACCAUCUCAGCUAGGAAUCAAACCAUUUCGCAGUCGUGCAAAGCUUGCGGUUUCCAUGGACUCCUAAAGGUCAACCAUAAGGUGAAUACAUUCAUUUUGAAGAAUCCGCCAACCGUAAAUCCGGCUGCCCAAGGCUCUUCACUGACCGAGGGUAAGCGUUCGAAGCGCGGUCAAAAGAAGAAUGGCGAGAACGGUGUUGAUGGUGGCGAUAAGGCAGCCAGCAAUUCGGGUGGUGAAUCAGAUGGCGGUAGCGGCAAUCAGGCCAGUCAAACUGAGGCGGAAAUCAGCGCUGCCAUACCGGAAAAAAAUUUGGAUGACGAUGAUGAUGCCAAUUGGAGUGUUGAUGUGUCUAAGGAAGCCAUUCGCGCUCGCUUGCAAGACCUCACUGACGGCGCCAAGGGUAUGACCAUCUCUGAUGACUACGAUAAGACCGAAAAGGAGCGCAUUGACAUCUUCUACGAGCUAGUGAAGAAGAAGCGCGAUGCUGGCGAACUCGACUCUGUUGCCGUACACAAAGAGUUGAUGAUCGAAGCUGAACGUUUGGACAUUGUGCACAAGGCCACGCUGGUUCUGGCCGAGCUGCUCUUCUCCGACAACAUAACACAGGAGAUGCGCAAAAAUCGCAAUCUUUUGCUGCGUUUCACCCACAACAAUCCGAAGGCUCAGCGUUAUCUUAUUGGUGGUUUGGAACAGAUAAUCGCUCUACAUUCGGCUAAAUUGAUGCCGAAGGUAGCUGGCAUCUUUAAGCUCUUCUACGAUUCGGACAUACUCGAGGAGAAGGCCAUACUGGAGUGGUCGCAGAAGGUUAGCAAGAAGUACGUUUCAAAGGACGUCGCCACUGAGAUACAUGAGAAGGUCAAACCUUUCAUUCAGUGGCUCAAGGAGGCCGAGGAGGAAGAGUCCUCCGAGGAGGAUGAAGAUGAUUCAGAUGUUGAGAUUGAGUAUAAUGAUCGCGCACGCAUUGAGCCUUUGAAGGCUGCCGCUGUGGCCACUGCCGCGAAGAAGAUUGUCGACGAUGAUGACGAGGGCGAAGAAAUCGACAUCGAUGACAUUUAAAGAGAAGCAGGACGAAAAGCAGCAAACAGAAAGCAAACUACAUCAUAUGCGCGCAGUUCGUAGCGUAGCGGCUCCACAACUGAACUAAACUGUUUUUAGAUUUCUAAAAUUCCAUUUAUUAUUUGCGUAUUUUGCGUUCGAAUUUCAAGUUUUAUGCGCUUGUCGGCUACUAAGCUUUUAAGUAGCGUUUGCAUGCGUUUUGAGUGUUUGUGUGCAACGACAGCUUGAAACACGCUCGCUCACUUCGUUGCUGCGCUCAUACGUCACUUUUGCAUUUUUAUCUUUGCUCUAUCUAUUCCAUUACUCUGCCCAAAUUUUUUCAGUGGAGUUCGCGAUUAAGUCGUUACCUAAGUGGCGCCUGCUCUUCACUACACAAUAACAAAAAGAACACAAACUGCUGCAUAAAUUUUUGUUUGCCCUUUUGUAUCGGUUUGAAAUCUUUAUUUUUUGAUUUAUGUAACUUGUCUUUUUUUAAUUUAAGCUAUUUUUGCGUUAAUGAUAUUUAUGCUUCUAUUUUAAACGGCAGAGAAAACACUGAAAGACGCAGCUUCGAUUUUGUUUUGAUGCUUUGCACACAUGCAGUGCUUAAUCAACAAACAAGGAAAUAUAAAUAAGGAACAUAUUUUUCACACGCUCAAAAAAUUAACUCAAUAUUAACUCAAUAAUUGCAAUCCCAAAAUAUUUUUAAACAGACGUUAAUAUGUCAGCUGCAGAAAAUACAAAUACUACGCCUUCCACACGAUAGAAACGCUUAGUGCUAACUUUUCCUAAAUAAAAACCUAAAUAUUCGGAUAUACCAACAAGUGCGACAUGUUGCAAAACUUCAGGCUUGGAAAACAACAUUUUCUCACUGACAUCCGUCGCAACACACAAGCAUGGAAAAGAGCAAGCAGCAAGGCUUUUGCGUUUUUCAAACUGUCGUGAAUUUUGAAAUUUAUUAUGCAAGUAAAAAA